GCGUCUUCAACAACGACAAAGGGCUUCUGAUUCACCCACCGCGGUGGUUUGCUAGCGAACCUAAAACAUUGAUGUGUAUAUUACUCUUGGUGUUUAGAACUGUUUACGUGUUUACGUUUCUACUAGUUCAUUUAAACGUGAUUUGAUACGGCACGAGGCUAAUCGCUCGGAACAUGAGCUCACUAAUCUCGACGGAGAAAGAAGCUCUGGUGAAAGGAGAGGAAGAAGCUUUCAGGAUGAAAAGGGAGGAAGAGGAGGCUAUCACAUUGAAAGAAGAAGAGGAUGAUAUUACAGUUAAAGAGGAAGAUGGGAAAGAGGUUGUCAGAGUGGAAGAAGAGGAGGUAGAAGCUUUCAGAAUCAAAAAGGAGGAAGAUGCCAUAACAUUGAAAGAAGAGAAUGAAGUGAACGAAGAGGAAGAACCUUUUGGAGUAAAAGAGGAAGAGGAGGAUAUCUCAAUAAAACAGGAGGAGACUGAGGUUCCAAUUUCCACCAGAGAGAGACAUGACUAUCCUGGAUCCUCUGGGGAGCCUCAACAACAUCCUGAUGCUGAUGAGGCAGAGAUGAGUCUCUCCAGAUCAGAACACCAGAUGGACAACGCUAGCCCUUCCACCCUCCCGGAGUCCCCAUGCCGUGCCUCUCCCAGUAGCACCUUACCGCUGGUUAUGAAGAGGUUGUCUGUGCUGCUGGUGGACUGCAGGAAAACAAUGGAGCUGACUGGAACUGUGAGAGGAGGAGAAGAGAAGGAUGGAUCAGAUUUGACACAUCAAAGAGGAAAACCAAACUCUGCGGAACCAGGGACGUCCAAACCAGCAAGACAACACCUCUGCUCCCAGAUUGGAAAGAGUUUUACCAAGUUAGGAAGCCUGAAAAGACAUGAGAGGACACAACCAGGAGAGAAGCCACACAAUUGCGCACAGUGUGGAAAGAGUUUUAACCAGUUAGGAAAGCUGAAAGUUCAUGAGCGAAUACACACAGGGGAGAAGCUUUUCCAUUGCGCCGAGUGUGGAAAGAGUUUUAACAAGUUAGGAAACAUGAAAUCUCAUGAGCGAAUACACACAGGGGAGAAGCCUUACCACUGCUCCCAGUGUGGAACUAGGUUUACCAAGUUAGGAAGCCUGAACAGACAUCAGAGGACACACACAGGGUCGAAGCCACACCAUUGCUCCCAGUGUGGAAAGAGUUUUAACCAGUUAGGAAACUUGAGAUCUCAUGAGCGAAUACACACAGGGGAGAAGCCUUUCCACUGUUCCCAGUGUGGAAAGAGUUUUAGCCAGUUAGGAAGCCUGAAAGCUCACGAGCGAAUACACACAGGGGAGAAACCUUACCACUGUUCCCAGUGUGGAAAGCGUUUUAACCGGUUAGGAAAGCUGAAAGAACACAUGAGACUGCACACAGGGGAGAAGCCUUACAAAUGCUCAGACUGUGGGAAGACAUAUUACUCAUCACAGUCACUUAAAAGUCAUAUGAAAAUCCACACAGGUAGAAUAAUUACUUCUAGUGUGUAAAUUGAUAUUUCACAUCAUAUUGACUUAAUUAUUCUAGCGUGUAUAUUGAUAUUUCACAUCUCAUUGACUUAAAAUUCAUCAGAGAACAUACACAGUGCUCCCAUUAUCUUAUAUUGUUGACUGACAAUGUGUUUACCUGUUGAAACCAUAUGAAAUUGAAUUGUACAAAGUAUACUCAAACAUAUAUUUGUAUGUUUUUAUUAGAAAACAUGAAGUGAAUAUGGAGUAUGUCAGCUUGAAUAUAGAGUAGAUCAGAUUCCAACUGUUUAAAUGGUCCUUUUUUAAACUCUGACUGUGUGUGUUUAUCUGGGUGUGUCAUUCCUCCAGCACUACAGAUAAUCAAGUGAUAUUUGGAUGCGAUGCAUUUGCUCCAUUGUUUACAUUUUCAUUGUGGCCCACUGAUGAUUUAAUGACAUGAAACUGUUCACUGACUCGCUCACGGAUUGACCCAAGCCUCCCACUCACGGAUUGACCCAAGCCUCCCACUCACGGAUUGACCCAAGCCUCCCACUCACGGAUUGACCCAAGCCUCCCACUCACGGAUUGACCCAAGCCUCCCACUCACGGAUUGACCCAAGCCUCCCACUCACGGAUUGACCCAAGCCUCCCACUCACGGAUUGACCCAAGCCUCCCACUGUUGUUUCCACGUCAUUUCAACUACAUAAAUCCAUGUGAUGUUUCAAUGAUAUGAAAUGAAAAUGAUUCCAUGUGAUGUUUCAAUGAUAUGAAAUGAAAAUGAUUCCAUGUGAUGUUUGAUCAAUGUAGAAAACUGAUUGGAUUUGUAAAAAAGCAUCAACAUAAGGUUAUUCACUGAACUUGCAAUUUAAAUCCAAUGACAAGUGACAUUUUGUGUUGAUUUCAUGUUGAAUUCACAUUAGUUGACGAAUCAAAGAAAUGUAAAUAGAAACUAGACCAUGGUGCUUGCCUACGGAGCUGUGAGGGGAACGGCACCUCAGUACCUCCAGGCUCUGAUCAGGCCCUACACCCAAACAAGGGCACUGCGUUCAUCCACCUCUGGCCUGCUCGCCUCCCUACCACUGAGGAAGUACAGUUCCCGCGCAGCCCAGUCAAAACUGUUCGCUGCUCUGGCCCCCCAAUGGUGGAACAAACUCCCUCACGACGCCAGGACAGCGGAGUCAAUCACCACCUU